AUGUUGCGUCGUUUCCUCUUCACGAUUCCCACAGCGCUUGCUAUUCUCGCGAUUGUGCUGUAUCCAAAGCUUAGCCCAACAGCUGAAUCGGUCACGAGGGUCCACGGUCGGAAGAACACGGUGCUCUUCCUCACGACCGAAGCCACUGGCCUCUCCAACGCCCAUCUUGCAGCUGCUUCGGCAUUGCUUGAGCACUAUCCCGAUGUUGAGGUGCACUACGCGUCCUUCCCCAAACUGGCUUCCAAGGUCUCGCGAAUUUCAGCUACUGCACUCGCAUCAAACCCCUCAACAAAGCCAAUCCAAUGGCAUGAAAUCCCUGGGCCGGCAUUCCUAUCUAUGUUUGAGGAGCAUUUUGGUGAUGUCGAAAGCAUGAUCAUUGGAACGGGCACCGCCGACUACGACAAGAAGAUACGGGAUCUUGUCUUCAGCCUGGCUCCGUGGGACGUCGAAGACCACUGGGAUAUGUAUACGGCUCUCAAUUCCUUGAUAAAUGACAUUGAUCCUGCGAUCGUUGUUCUCGAUAACAUGCUUGCCCCGGCCACGGACCUCGCAGCACAUUCGGACCGACGGUUUCUCAGCCUUGUCCCGAAUGGCCUGUUGGAGCUCAUUGCCGCUGAACAGCCUCGAGGCGCUGUGGCUUGGAAGUAUCCUGUAACCUUUUCGGGAUAUCAGUUCCCGCUCUCUUGGAAACAGGUGGUUUCUAAUAUAGUCCUCACAAUUCGCCUUGGGUAUAAUCUUGUCAACUCCCCUGUUCUCGCCGCCAAACGGGCCUUCCUUGUUGAGAAGGGGAUAGAGAAGCCCAUUGAGCUCAGCUUCGUGAUCAAGGACGUUCCUGUUCUUGCAUCGACAUUCAAAGAAGCCAACUUCCCCAUGGACUUUUACCCACCAUACCUCAAAUUUUGCGGUCACAUUCCCAUGAGCAAAACGUCAGCUGCAGAUCAGGACCCCGAGAUGGUUUCUUGGUUAGCACAAAGACCUACGAUUCUAAUCAACUUGGGCAGUUUGUUUGCCUAUAAUCAGCGGAGGGCACAAGCCAUGUCAGAUGCUCUUGCAACGUUACUGGCAGAGACGGACUUUCAAGUUCUGUGGAAGUUCAAGAAGCUUGGCGACUAUGGCGACGAGGUAUUCACGGCUAUUCAAAAGUAUAUAGAUAGUCGACAAAUCCGAAUCGAGACUUGGCUGGAGACGGAACCAGCCGCUCUUCUUGAAACAGGCCACAUUGUCCUGGAGGUGCACCAUGGCGGAGCUAACACCUAUCACGAAGCCAUACUGGUUGCUAAUGAUGGAAACAGAGCCGGGGUUCCGCAGAUGAUUCUGCCGCUAUGGUUCGAUCUCUUCAACUUUGCCAACCUCGCGGAGUACCUCGGUAUUGGUAUUUGGGCUGGCAGGAGCACCACCCCAGAAUGGGUCCCCGAGUCGUUGGUGGAGGGAUUCCGCACUGCUUUAGUCGGUCCAUCGAGUGUUUCGCUGAGAGAAAAGGCACAAGAGCUCGGUGAAGUAGCGCGCCAGUAUGAUGGGAGGAAAAUUGCCGCUGACGAAAUAGCGAGACUGGCCGCCAUAGGUAAGGAGGUUCCAAAGUAA